AUUUCGGUAUCAAGCCAAUAGUGGACAACUAUUGUUGGACAAAGGGAGUAGUAAAUUUAAUGAUUAGGGAAAUGAUUAUAGUUUAUAGUAAGGGUAAAUUAGGAACUAGGUGAUAAACUAUUGGUUGAUUUUUCAUACUAGAUAAGCAAAAUUGAGCAUUUUUUUUAAGAAGAUAUUUUUCAAAAAUUUUGAUCAACGAGAAAAUUCAAGAAUGUUUUCCUCCUUAUCAAACACACCCCAAGUUAAAUUAUGAAAAGAAUCUUUCUCCAGAACCAAGUCACUUAUACCAACUACACAACACACAGCCAAGAACAGGAUUCUUUGCUUCUCUAUUAGACAAGCACCUUUUGAUUGAGAAAAAGAAUAACAUUUCACCUCAACACACAGUAUUAUAGUAGUAAUUUAAAGAGAAACUCAAAAGCUGCUAUACAUCAAAUAUAUUGUGCCAUUAAUUCUCCCAAAACUGAACAAGGGUAAUCAAGAGGAAAUUCUACAAACAUGAACAGCAACAGGCCUCAUAAUUUUACACCAUAUGAAAAUUGGAGCAAUGGAGAGUGGCAUGAUCCUAAUUCACAUGGACCUGAGCACAGAUGGCAACCCAUUUUCCCUCGUCCUCCGCCUCCCCGGGAUAUCCCUCAGAAUCCUAGACGUGUCGUUCAUGAUCCAUGGUUGCCUGUAACAGAGAGCCCAUUUCUAGUACCUACUGGUGCAACAAGCUAUCCAUAUCCAGGCCAACCACGACGUAGGCUAACUCAUCCUCCUGUUCGCGUUCUAGUCCAUAAUGAUGAUGUACCAAGACAUGGAUCAUAUCAGAGACCAAGCCAACUUCCAUUUGAUUCUCCUCCUCCUCCAUGGUUUAUGCAGAGCAAUGACACGUCGAGAGAUGAAUCAAAAUUGAGCCCAAAUGAGCAAAAGGCAACCUUGAAUAAGCUCAAGAAAGAGAUCUACAAUCCUGUACAAGCAAAAAUUGCAAAACAAGUUGGCCUUUACUUUAGAGGCUUGAACAAUAACAUAAACAACACUACCACCAACGAAUCGAGCAAGGAUGAAGAUGGCAAAAGAUGUUCAAUUUGCUUAGAAGAUUUUGAGCCUAAAGAAAUGGUGACAGUCACACCAUGUAGUCAUAUGUUCCACGAAGACUGCAUCGUUCCAUGGGUGACAAAUCAUGGCUCGUGCCCUGUCUGUCGAUUUGCUAUCUGUGAAAGGAUGAAACAGGACACAACAGACUCAUCGGCGCCAAGGACUAGUAGAGCAACAAACACAAUGCCACCACAUGACUUGAUGAUGGAAAGGGGCCUAAUUUCUAUAAUGAGAGCAUUUGAUGAAACUUUUGAAUUGGAUCAAAUUAGAUCCCUUCUCUUACCAAGAUUAACAAGAGGCUAAGUGGGGUUGCUUAAAUUUUUAGGCUAAUGUUACUACUUGCCUUUGGUUUAUUACUUGUAUGAACACACAACCAGAACAUGUAUUUGUUCUGUCUUACAAAUGAAUUAUAUCUUACUUUAAUAAAAAAAUGUCUCUUUCACAACUUGAUGUAUGUACAUGUUUUGAUAAGGUCUAGAUUCUUGUAAGUGGAGAUUUGUCAAG